AUGGAAGUUCUCGCUCAAGCAAAGCUUCAAUUCGCUCAAAAUGACCGCAUCGACGUCAACCUUUUGGAUCAAGUUGUCCGAAUUAUGAACCAGAUGAGCGGGAAAGAACAAGCCGAGGCCAACCAAAUCCUCAUGGCACUCAAGGAAGACCGUGAUUCAUGGACCAAGGUCGACGCAAUUCUUCAAUACUCGGCUCUCAACGAAUCCAAGUAUUUCGCUCUUCAAAUUUUGGAGGCUGUCAUCCAACAUAAGUGGAAGUCGUUGCCACAAGUUCAACGAGAUGGAAUCAAGUCUUACAUCGUUUCGAAAAUGCUUGAACUGUCAGCUGAACAAUCGAUUAUGGAGCAGAAUCAGUUGCUUCUCCAUAAGAUGAACCUGGUGUUGGUUCAAAUUGUCAAACAAGAUUGGCCAAAGCAAUGGCCGACGUUCAUCACUGAUAUCGUUGAAUCGUCGAAGACAAACGAGACUGUUUGCAUUAACAAUAUGAAUAUUUUGAGCUUGUUAAGCGAGGAAGUAUUCGACUUCGGUUCCCAGAACUUGACCCAAGCCAAGGAGCAACAUCUCAAACAACAAUUUUGUGGACAGUUCCAAGAAGUAUUUACUUUGUGUGUCAACAUUCUCGAGAAGUGCCCAUCGAAUUCGAUGGUUCAAGCAACUCUCAAAACAUUGCAACGCUUCUUGACCUGGAUUCCUGUUGGAUACGUUUUUGAAACGGACAUCACUGAAUUGCUGUCAGCGAACUUCCUCUCGUUGGAGGUUUAUCGUGUCAUCACUCUUCAAUGUCUCACAGAGAUCUCUCAAAUUCAAGUUGAAACCAAUGAUCCAAGCUACAAUGAGAAACUUGUCAAAAUGUUCUGCAUUACGAUGAAGCAUAUAAGUUCUGUUCUUUCCGUCGAUCUUGAUUUGGCCGCUGUCUACAAGGACGCUUCCGAUCAAGACCAGAAGUUCAUCAGCAGCUUGGCUCAAUUCCUUGUUGCUUUCAUCAAAGAACAUGUUCAUUUGAUCGAAGUUACUGAAGAAGUGAUACCCGAAAACAAAAGAAUUGUUCGUGAGGCUCAUGACUUUGCAAUUCAAAUUCUUUUGAAAAUCACAAUGAUCGAGGAAAUGGAAGUUUUCAAAGUUUGCCUUGAUUGCUGGUGCUGGCUCACUGCUGAACUUUAUCGUAUCUCACCAUUCAUUCAACCAAGUUCCCUCUACGGAAUGAUGUCCACUAACCGCGAGCAUCCACGACGUCGUCUCUAUCGCGAGUAUUUGUCAGCUCUCCGUACAACAAUGAUCUCCAGAAUGGCGAAGCCGGAAGAAGUGUUGAUUGUUGAAAAUGAUCAAGGAGAAGUUGUCCGUGAGAUGGUUAAGGACACAGAUUCCAUUGCCUUGUACCGAAACAUGCGUGAAACUCUUGUCUAUUUGACCCAUCUUGACAACAAGGAUACUGAAAUGAAGAUGACUGAAAAACUCGCAUCACAAGUAAACGGAGGAGAGUUUUCUUGGAAGAAUCUCAAUCGACUGUGCUGGGCAGUUGGUUCAAUUUCUGGGACGAUGAUUGAGGAGGAUGAGAAGAGAUUCUUGGUUCUUGUCAUUCGUGACUUAUUGGGUUUGUGUGAGCAGAAGCGUGGAAAAGAUAACAAAGCAGUGAUUGCAUCGAAUAUAAUGUACGUUGUGGGACAAUAUCCACGAUUCCUCCGAGCUCACUGGAAAUUUUUGAAGACGGUCAUCAACAAAUUGUUCGAGUUCAUGCAUGAAACCCACGAAGGAGUUCAGGAUAUGGCUUGUGAUACCUUUAUCAAAAUCGCCAUUAAGUGCAAGAGACACUUUGUGAUCGUUCAACCAGCUGAAAACAAACCAUUCGUUGAAGAAAUGCUCGAGAAUUUGACUGGAAUCAUUUGUGAUUUGUCUCAUCCACAAGUGCACGUCUUCUAUGAAGCCGUUGGACACAUCAUUUCUGCUCAGAUAGACGGAAGCCUUCAAGAAGCACUCAUCAUGCAACUCAUGGAGAUUCCAAACCGAACUUGGAACGAUAUCAUCGCAUCCGCUUCGACCAAUGACAGCGUUCUUGAAGAACAUGAGAUGGUGAAAUCAGUUCUCAACAUUCUCAAGACCAAUGUUGCCGCUUGCAAAUCCAUUGGAUCCGCUUUUGUGACUCAGCUUGGAAACAUUUACAGUGAUUUAUUGUCCGUUUACAAAAUUCUCUCCGAAAAAGUGUCCCGUGCAGUAACAACAGCCGGAGAAGAUGCACUGAAGAAUCCUCUAGUGAAGACGAUGCGCGCAGUGAAACGAGAGAUUCUGAUUCUUCUCUCCACAUUUAUAUCGAAGAAUGGAGAUGCUAAACUCAUUCUGGAGAGCAUUGUUCCACCACUUUUCGAUGCUGUUCUCUUCGAUUAUCAAAAGAAUGUGCCACAAGCAAGAGAACCGAAAGUUCUUUCAUUGCUCAGCAUCCUUGUCACUCAACUUGGUUCUCUCCUGUGCCCACAAGUCCCCAACAUUCUUGGAGCCGUCUUCCAAUGCAGCAUCGACAUGAUCAACAAAGAUAUGGAAGCUUUCCCAGAACAUCGAACCAACUUCUUCGAAUUAGUUCUAUCGUUGGUUCAAGAGUGUUUCCCAGUCUUCAUGGGAAUGCCACAAGAAGAUCUCUCAACUGUCAUUGACGCUGUCGUCUGGGCUUUCCAACACACGAUGCGUAAUGUUGCAGAAAUCGGUGAGUUUAUUCACAAGAAAGAAAAAAUAUGA